AUGUCUCGAUCAUCUCCUUCUCCAAGCAGUUCCUCCAGAUCAUCGAUAACACCACCUCCUCAGACUGUUGAGAAAAAGAAAAAGACCAGCUCAAAAUCGAAGAAGACAGACCAUGGCAAAAACGAAGGCGUCGAUCCCAAUUGGGCGUACAAGCCUCCUCCAGGAGCUGCACUCGUGAAAGCAGACGACGUGAACGGAGGAGAGUUUGAUUGGGAUAAAAUCAACAAUGACGAGGACCUAGAACUAUGGCUUAUACGCGUUCCUGAUAGUGUAAAGCCCAAGCACCUGGAGAAUUUAACAGUAGAUGUGCCAUCGUCUUCAACGAGCACUUGUAUUGGCACUUUGAAACGCAAACAUACCGCGUUCGACAUCUGGUCCGUUGGCGAUAACGGCGACAAUAUUCCAAUAGGCGGAGAGGAAAUUAAAAGUAUAUCAUGUCUCUUACCUCGGAGCAGUAAAAAAGGCAAACUAUAUCCGGUUCCUAAACCUAUUGCCCAGCAUGUCGUGAUUGCUGCUCAACCAGUCGUUCCAACCCUACCUUCCAAUGGCGAACCCGCACUACAAUACCAAAACCCACCCCGUCAUUCCUAUCCAAAGGAAAUUCUGAAACAUCGCUUCACGCCAUUUAACUCUGUCAUCAACACCGAAAGUGAUGCAGCAAAGAUGGAGGUCGACGCGCCAGAACCACCAGCAUCACCCAAAAAGAAACGGGCCAAGACGACUGAUGUAUCUGCUACCAACGAGGAUACACCUGCCGUAGAACCUGAGACUGAGAGCAAGAAAAGCAAAACCAAGAAACGUAAAGGUGAAUCUGGAGAUGCCGCUGAAAUUUCCGCAAAGAAGGCGAAGAAGACCAAGGUCGCAUGA